AGCAACGUCGUCAUUAUUAUCAGCGACGGAAAAACGAAGCACGCGAAAUAAAGCUCAGAAAAUUAUUUUUCCAAAAUGUAGUCAUGAAAUCGAAUGGGAAAUAACAAUAGCGUUCCGGCAGAAAAAGAGGAACCCGCCAUUUCUUUUUUGCGUCAACGCUUUGGCAACAAAGGCGGAAACGCUGACAAGCUACUGGUGACACUGAUCGCAGAAGAGUUCGGGGAUGUGUCAGGGUCAAGGUCGCCGAGAAGCGUUUCAGAAAAAGCGCAAAACAUCGCCAGACGAUUGCGAAGAAAGCUCUUGUCUCGAAAUGAAGAGGACGCGCCAACAGACCACGUGCAAUCGAGCGCGUCUUGCAUCAGUUAUAUUGAUAUGGAAACGGAAGCAAACGACAUUAUGGACGCACCUGUCACUCAGAAGACGACAGACAAAUUUUUGCAGCUCCGCCGACUGCACAACCAGCCCAUGAACGAACCAUUUGGUGCCAUUGUGGAACUGUGUCCCAAGUCUCAGAAUGUUCAGAAUCCAAAAACCGAGACGGAAACCCAACUGAAAGACGACAACGACUUUAGCUUGAACAACUCCUUAAUCGCAAAAUAUGAUGCAAACCAAACGGUUUUAAUUUCCGAGAGAGAGUCGGGCACAUCCAAUGAUGAUGUCAAGUCGGUUUGCACGGCGAACGAAGCGAACGAAGAAAGAUGUCUAAAUGAAGGGAUUUCAAGCGAUGGGACUGUGAUUGGUGAUUCGGUACAGUGUACCAGUUUUGCAAAGGUCCCUGACAUGUGUUGUGAUAAAAAGGUUGUAAGCAACUCCGAAUGUGUUCACCAAAAAGAUAUACAAGAAAACGAUAAGAUAAGUGACACAGAGGAUGCAUGUAAAGAGGUGCAUGGAAGAACAGACGCCAAACAAUAUGACGCAAUGGUGCAAAUACGGCAGACGAGUUUUAAAUAUAAAAUGUAUGUCGAUCAAAUGAAGGCUACCGCAGUAAAAGGUGAUGUUUGCGACGUUGCGAGCAAGUCUGUGUCUGAAGAAGCCUCGAUGUCAGACAUGAACGUUAUUCGCAAAGUUCAGUUGCCAAAAAACAACGUUGUAUUCUCCUCCAACAUGGUUGGCCCUCGAAAAAACGACACACCGAGAGUAACAGAAACAUGUUCAAGCCUCACCAACGAAGGCAACGCUGUCGAAACGCCUCGGUCGCAACUCGAAGCCUUCAAAGUUGUGCCUGAAAAGAAGUACGGAGGUAUAGAACACAUGAUGCAGAUCAAACUCGAAAAUGACAUUCGCAUGAAAAGGAUGAAGAUGAUAACGGCAAAUAGGCUUAUGUCAGAGUCCGCAUGUGGAAGGAAAUCGCUAGACAAGUUCGACACAAACGUAGUCAGGAAUGUGCAGUUGUCUAGACAAGGGAAUGACUACAGCUCCAACAUGAUCAGUCCUAAGACUUUUCCGUGCCACCGAUCUGAGCUCGCUAAUCGGAAGGGCGAUUUCGGGACCAACAUGCAUGCAUUCACUUUUGGCUAUCUUUCCGCGUUGUCGGAAAACGCCAUAUCAAGAUACAAAGUCAAUCCAGUGAAUCGCUCCAUGUCUGAUGGACAGCUCAUGUGCAGCAUGCAAGAUAACCACAACAAACAUGAAGAAGCAAAUCAAUCUUUUGUUAUCGGAAACUUGAAGCAUGCCAUUCAAGAUAACAGCAAUGACUGUGCCGUAUUUGAGGGUCACAAGCAGGGCAUCGCGCAGGAAAGCUUGCCUGCCAGUCAGUUCGGUGACCACGAAGUUCACGCAGUUAGCUACAUUCCGGCAAGCAAAGACGACACUCUGAAAAACGUGCCUGAUGGCAAUGCCGAUGAAAUUGAUGAUGAUAUUACCCAAACAACAGCGACUGAGUCUUGCAAACAAACGGCAAUUUCCCAGAACCCACUUACGAGUGAGAAUGUCGAUGUAAUCAAUAUAAUACCAGCUAAGAGGUACGGGAGCCUUGAACACAUGAAACAGAUAAAAAUGGAGAACGCUAUAAAAAUGAAGCGACUGAAGAACAUCACUGCCAGUGGUGCCGUGAACGGGAAUGUAGCUCCGAAAUUUGGAAGAUUCGCCAUGCCUGAUUCAUCACUGCCUGAGCAGACCGGACAGUCCCGUCGUGAUGAUGAAUCUGGCUAUGACAAAAAAGCUGCGGAAAAUCACGAUUGUGGAUCAACUUCCUUCACCGAUGUCUCUGACAAGCAUGUUUCGGGCAAUAAUGAUUGUGAACCCGUUUGCAGCAUUCCUCAUAGCGAAGAUGUUCAUGGCACGGCAUCAAAAGUGACAAUGAUCACAGUCCAACCGACGGCAAAUAGCUCUUGUAAACCGCCUCUCAUAUCUCAGAGACCACCAUCAGAUAUUAACAUGGAUGUUGCCCAUAUCAUUCCGGCGAAGAAGUACGGUGGUCUUGAGCAUAUGAAGAAAAUCAAGAUGGAAAACGCCAUCAAACUGAAGCGUCUUAAGAGCGUACAGACCAGCUCCUACGGUCAAAGAUAUCUGGGUACAUCUUUAAGAAGCAUUAGCAACAUCCAUACAUCUGAAAUGCAAGACUACGAUGAAACCAAUGAACGCCACGAAAGUCCGCAAAGCGGAACACUGACUGGACAAAAGCUUCAAACUUGGCAUACGCCGGACAAGGAAUUCAGCUAUUCAGAGAAACAGGUGGAUGAAAAGCCGAUAGAGUAUGGCUCUGUCGCUCUCUUCCAGAAAAUCAAGAAGGACAACGUAGAUAGACUGCGGCGCAUGAAAGGCGUUCACAAGCGUGCAGACACGUGGAAGUCCACCGAAAGAAGCUGCAGUGACCUUGACCCAGACAAGGAGAAGGAAUACGGCUCAGUGGCGCACUUCAGGAUGGUUCAAAGGAAAAAUGCUGCCAGAAAUCGCAAGAUGAACGCAAUCACAUCGAAACUGGAUACCUGGACGGAGCCGAACCCGGGGAGCGAGUAUUCAACGCUUAGGCAAAAUAACUGUACAGCUUUACAAGACCCGCGGAAGUUCGGAUCCGUCGCACAUUUUCAGAAGGCAAAACAACAGAAUGCAAGAAGAACUUCACGCUUGAAACAAGCAACAUCAAAACUGAAUACUUGGCAGCCAAGGUCCACAAUGGCAGCAUUGGUUGCUACACCUAGAGAAAUGUCAAUGUCCAAGCACUUCGGACAGAGGGAGUCCUUGACAAUGAGCGUCAAAAAGGCCACUUCCAAGAUUGACACAGGUUUAGUCAAGGCAUCAAAGAGUGCAGGAGGACAAGUCACAUCUUGGAGCAGACACGUAAAGGAUGUUCGUAGUCCAAAUCCAAAUAUAAUGAAAACAACUGCUGUUGUUUCUAACCCAAAGUUAAGCAACGCCAUAAGGAGCUGCAUACAUUUCAACCCAAAACAAGAAAGCAACGAGACGAAAUCUUCUUUAGUGUCUCAAAUAAGCGAUGAACCUGCUGUAGCCAGCAGACAAGCGCAGAUGUUGUCCGCACAAAACUUGGGCAAUAACGGAAUUGCGUUGUCUGAUAGAGAAUAUGAGUGCAUUCAACACAAGCUUCAACACAAGCUUCGCCAUUCAGAUAACAAGAUCCGGUUUCCAUGCACCGAAGCGGAUGUAGAUGCUCGGCUUAAGGAACUGCUGAGACUCCUUCGAGUCUCAAUCUUUGCACAAAUUGCGAGAACUUCAAGAUGCGACGGAAGCGAUGGUGAUAGAGGGUUCUACGUAUCGCCCUGUGACAGUUUUCUUGCCGAUGAAGCCGCCAUGGAACUGGAAUACGAGAUGGAACAACGUGCUCUGAUCGCCGGAAAUGAUCUCGUCAAUUUUGUUUCAAAGCCCCGACCAACCAUUAACAAACGUGGAGCUCCUCCCACGAAAAUUCCAAGACCCGUCUUUAACGUUCUGGAGAAGAUAAUGCAGUCGAGAGCACGUGUGAACUUUUUUUAAAAGUGUGAAAUACCAUAUGCACAAUGUCACUUAAUUCAAUAUAUAUAAGAUGCUAUUAAUUUGACAAAUAUAUUAUACUAUUGAA